GCCUCACGACGUACACGAUUCCCUCACGUUGCGCGCCGCAGUCGCGAGUCCUCCGGACGUAAACACACCUUUCUCCACGUUUUUCUGUUGUUCCUUCUGACUCCGACACUCGCUAAACGACAUGGACCUAACCUUCGGCGGGAAAUACAGACUCGAAGAUGUCAUAGCCAAGGGAGGAUGCGGCAGCGUAUUCCUCGGCGUACACACUGUUGCCGGUAAGGAGGUGGCCAUCAAGCUUGAACCCGCAAUGGCGAAGUCGAGUCCCCUCAAGCAAGAGUCCAAAAUAUACAAAUCGCUUUCUGGAGCCCCUGGCGUACCAUGGAUUAUGUGGUCGGGCAAGCAUGGGCCUUUCAACGUCAUGGUCAUUGAUCUCCUCGGUCCCUCUCUCGAAGACCUUUUCAAGAUGUGUAACAGACACUUUUCUCUCAAGACCAUUCUACUUCUGGCUGACCAACUUAUCUCUCGUAUCGAGUACAUUCAUUCACGCGAUCUCGUUCACCGUGACGUCAAACCGGCCAAUUUCGUAAUCCCAAAAUCUGAUAUGGACGCGUCACAUCUCGUCAACAUCAUUGAUUUCGGCCUCGCAAAGAAGUAUCGCGAUCCCCGUACGAAUAUGCACAUCCCGUACAACCAGGACGAACACCAUGGCGUCGGCACCUGCCUCUUUGCCUCGAUCAAUACUCAUCUUGGUAUUGAAUGCUCGCGACGCGACGACCUCGAAUCGCUCGCUUACAUGCUUAUCUACUUCCUCCGCGGCACGCUCCCCUGGCGGAAGAUCAAGGCCCAAACCACGGAAGAGACGUGGGGUCUCAUCCGCGACAAAAAACUGGAGACCGAGGAGUUCCUCACCGUCGGCCUGCCUACUGAGUUUGACGUCUUCUAUAAGUACGCGCGCAGUCUGGCCUUUGAAGACCUUCCCGACUACGACGGUCUUCGCGCGUUAUUCCGGGGACUGGCCGAGCGCCAUCGCAUCGAGUAUGACGGCGAGUUCGACUGGUCAGUGCCCAAGCCUACUGAGACGAAAAGGAGGCGUGGGUGCCGGUCCUGCCACGCAUGUAGUGCGGCAGCGGCGGCUCGGCGAUCAUAG